GUGAUCGAUCAUAAUAUUAGAAUUGGAAAAUAUAUUGCUAUUGAUUGUGAAGCGGUAGGCAUCGGACCUACUGGGAAAGAGUCGGCACUUGCCAGGGUUUCAAUCGUUAAUUUUCACGGUAAAGUAAUAUUGGACAAAUAUGUAAACCCUGGUGAUUGUAUAACAGACUAUCGAACAGAAAUCAGUGGAAUAACUAGGGAAUUACUCGUAGAUGAUGUACAAAAAGAAGUUUCAGAUAUAAUCAAAGGUAGAAUUAUUGUUGGGCAUUCUCUCAAUCACGAUCUAAAGUUAUUAUCACUAUGUCAUCCUCAAAAUAUGAUACGCGACUCUUCACUCCAUAGACCUUUUCUUGAACGUUACAAUGGUAAGAAACCUUCUUUAAAAACUUUGGCAAAAGCAGAAUUAAACAUAAUUAUUCAAGAAGGGGAACAUAGUUCAGUUCAAGAUGCUCAAACUAGUAUGCGUUUAUUUCUGAAUAGACAAAGAAAAAAAUAUUUCACAGUGGAAGAUGAUAUUAAAGAGAGGAUAUUAAGAUUCACUUCAGGUGAUCUCUUUAAACAAAUUAAAUCACAUAUAUAA